AGUCAGAGUGACAGAAGAAGCAAGGAAACAGAACAAACGAGGGAGAGAAAGAAGAGGAGAGACAAAGAUGACAGAGUUGGUGUAGUCGCUAUAUUAAUUAACAGACUCUCUCACGGCUCUCAUUUCAGACGGAGAUUCUGUGUAAGGAGAGAGCUGACGACGGGGAGGAUGAGCACAGCGAGGACCAGGCGCAGUGAACAUGCAGACGCGUCGGUGCAAGAGACUAGCGUUACUAUAGCAACCGGACACACAGGCGUUGCAGGGCCAGUCACACUCGGGGGGAAGACAUGUUCCCCUCCAGCCUCCGCUCCUAUGGCGGCAACCGCAAGGACAGCGCCAUCCGGACCCUGGUGGCGGAGACGUUGGUGUUGGCCAAGACACACGGAUGUGUGGAGAAGAUAGAGAGCGAGCUUGAGGAGGAACUGAGGAGGGACUCCAAAGGCCCGCCUACUGAUCCCCUGUCCAAGUGGCGUCGAAAGGGAGACAAGGUGUUGAAGAGCAAGUACGUCCUGCUGACCGUCGCCUUGUUCUGCGUCACCGACUGCGCGCUGGUCCUUGGAGAGCUCAUCCUCGAUCUGCAUAAGGUGAAAGACACCCUCGAGACAUCUGAGAGCGCCAUACGCGAGUUCAAAGCCAAGCUGCACAAAGCUUACCCCUCGCAAAUUAACGACACGGAUGCAAACAUCAGUGAUGUCUUCGAACUCAUCGUCAAGUCCCGCAUCAUCUGGUACAACCCUCACGAUAACUCAUCCUCCUCAAGCAACUCAUCCAUCCUGUCAUCUGCAUCGUCGUUGUCGCCGACAAACUCGUCCGACGCGUCGCCAGCGUCGUCGGAUGUCGCUGGAGUAUCGUCCUUGUCGUCGGGGCCAUCAUCUUCGUCGUCAUCGUCUUCUUUCUUUGCUCUCGCCGCGUGGACGUCACAUGAUAAAAGCCACCGGCGGGGCACGCGCAGUGUGUCGAACGCCAACGAAGUGAGGGAAUACGUGGUAGUGGUCGAUGAUGUGCGAGAGAACCUGACCUCGCACGUCAAGCCGCUGCCUGGAGGUCAAGGCUAUGAUCCUGAAGGGGAAGGUCACACACACUCGCAGGGGACCGGGCACGAAAAGGACGGGAAGCAUAAGAAAGGUCACGUGUACAGCCUGGAGGAGGAGGUCGCGCAUGCGCUUCACAUUGUCAGCCUCACUAUGAUGGCAUGCCUCGUCUUUGAGACGCUGCUGAAAGCUUUCUGUGCAGGCCUGCCUUUCUUCAAAAGGAAGCUAGAGACGUUUGAUUUCUUCAUCGUGAUCGUGUCGUUUAUUGUGGAUUUGGCCUUCAUGCAAAUUCUGCCUCGUUUUGAAAUCCAGGACUUCGUCUUCAUUCUUGCCUUCCUGCUGCCCUGGAGGGUCAUUCGAGUUGUCAACAGCCUGGUUGUUGCCGUGCAGGAUCACGAGCACUUCCGGUUGAAGUUGGUGUAUAGCCGGAAAAAGAAAAUUCAGAAUAGUCUCAGGGAAACAGAGGUGAAGCUGCAGCUUUUCCGGGCUCAGUGCUGUGCACUCAAGCGACUAUGCAUCAACGAGGGCGUGGAGGAGGCCAAGAUAGAGCAGAUAGUGCAGCUGGACGAGUAUGUAGUCAACAAGACAGGAAAGAGCAAGUGCAAAGUCAAGAUCGACAACUCGUCAGUGAUUCUUCUCGACAAGUCCGAUUUCCCGAGGUUGUCGCCCAGACCAUCACUAUCAUGCCUAGUGGAAAAGAAGCGAGGCACGCCAGUCGAGGGCGGAAAGGACGGCAAAAGUGACAAGUCGCCCAAGAAGGGGGCGCUGAAGGACUCGCCCGGCCGGCGGGACACGCUGGCCCUCAUCUGCUCGGACGACUCCGACAAGAACCACAUGAGGAUGCCCCUCUCGCUCUUCCAUAACGGCCCGAGGAAAAAGCGGUGGAACUUGUUGGGGCUCGGCCGGGAUGGUACGGUGAAGCGGGCCGGAAGUUUCAGCCAGAUCUGCCAGAACCCUCCGCAUCUGGACGGCCUUGGCUUUUUGACUGCUCACGGGCCCAAUGGCAAGGUCAAACGCGCCGGAAGUCACAGCCUGCUCUGUGGCGGGACACUGGGGCAGCUCAACGUCAGCAUGGAUGAGCGAGACGAAGACGACGUUUCGUCGCUGGCACUCGCAGCAUCGUCGCCUGACGAAAGUCCUUUCCUCAUCGACAAGCUGUUCCAGGGCGGGCUCAAAGCAAACUCACAUGACUUGGCACAUCCGUUAAGCGAGGCUGCUCUGCCACCGUCACCACCGUACCGCGAGACCCCUACACAGGCCCUUCAUCAGGGGGACAGCAGCGGAUCCUUCAACCCCAAUCUUCUUCAGGCACCGGAAUUCUGCGACACGUUCGCGAACGUUUCCGGUGACAAGGUUCACGACAUCGAAAAAACUCCCAAUUUACCUCAGGCGGACAAAGCGGACCCAAGGUGUGAGACUCAUGAAGAGCUAGACAAUGCGGGCGACGGGACAAAGCUAGAAACUCACCCUUCAGUAUUCGACAGAGGAAAGGGGAUAGACUGCGGUGUUCAGACCGGGGACCAACAAGAGGCUGAGGGACAAGUUACCUUUGCGCUAAACGAAAACGAAGUUUCUGAGGUAUGCAAGUAUUUUCAACAGGACGAAACAACGGGAAAUUGUUUUGAAGUCGCCAGCUGUCAAGAAGCAGAGGAAGGAACACAUUCUGAAGAGAGGAUUCAUCCAAGCGCGUGCAGCCAUCCACUGUCCGAGCUCUGUGGGGAUUCUGACGGGACAACCCAACCAUCUGGCGUGGAUCUUCCGUCUGUUGAAGACAGUGUUCGCGAAGACCAUCCGCUGGAGGACGAAAAAUCGCGAGAGGACGAGCACGACAUGCUGGAAGGGGUUUUCAUCUAUUCUCAUCCUGCUGAGGAGGAAACUGCGCCAAGUGAAGACGAUCGUUCACUUCAUCCAGCCUGGGAGCCUUUACCGUUUGAAGAAGAUCAUGCUAGAAAUUCGUGUCCAGAAGCGGGACAGCCAGAGCUAGACGUCACUUCCGUUACUUCUGAAGGGACGAGGACGCAGAACGGUUGCCGAGUGUCCAGUACUGAAAGUGUUGACCAGGUUAUACAGACCAAUGGCUUGCCUCAUAUGUACAAAUAGUUAAAGCAAAACUCGUUCAGACCAGCCUGUUGUUGACAGAAGGCCCUGCUUGCGUUUCUUUGUUUUAUUUUCUUGUUGCUGUUUUUGUUACUAUCCGGCUGAACCUUCCAGGAACAAAGACAAUCGAAAGGUUGACGCCUGCGCUUUGACAUUUGACGCUAGUACUUGCACAUGUCAGAGUUACUACGUGAUACGUGAUACGUGAUAC